AUGUCACGCCCAGUGCAGUCAAAGGCUCAGAACGACCUCAAUGCAAAGACACUCAGGGCACUCGUAAAGCAGCCAGACAACAAGACCUGCGCAGACUGCAAACGCAACGAUCCUCGGUGGGCUUCAUGGAACAUUGGCUGUUUCCUAUGUAUUCGCUGCUCAGGUAUUCACCGUAGCAUGGGCACCCACAUCUCAAAGGUCAAGUCCAUCGACCUAGACAUUUGGACGCCAGAGCAAAUGGACUCGAUACAAAAGUGGGGCAACAAGCGAGUCAAUCUCUACUGGGAGGCUCACCUCAAAGCCGGUCACAUUCCCCCGGAGCACAAGGUGGAGAGCUUCAUCAGGAGCAAGUACGAGACGAGGCGGUGGGCCAAGGAGGGACAGCCGCCGAGC